AUGCGCCCUCUGCUCCGCCUGCAGGGCUUCGGUAACGUGGGGCUUCACUCCAUGCGCUACCUUCACCGCUUCGGAGCGAGGUGCGUCGGAGUCGGAGAAUUGGACGGAAGCAUCUGGAACCCCGACGGCAUCAACCCCAAAGAGCUGGAGGACUACAAACUGGCCAACGGGACCAUCGUGGGUUUCCCUGACGCGACGCCAUACGAAGGAAGCAUCCUCGAGGCCGACUGCGACAUCCUGGUCCCCGCCGCCAGCGAGAAACAGCUGACCAAAAGCAACGCCCACAAGAUCAAGGCCAAGAUCAUCGCAGAGGGAGCCAACGGGCCGACUACACCUGAAGCUGACCGGAUCUUCCUGGAGAGAAACAUCCUGGUGAUCCCGGACAUGUACCUGAACGCUGGCGGUGUGACGGUUUCCUACUUCGAGUGGUUGAAGAACCUGAACCACGUCAGUUACGGGCGACUGACCUUCAAAUACGAGCGAGACUCCAACUAUCACCUGCUGAUGUCGGUCCAGGAGAGUCUGGAGAGGAAGUUCGGCAAACACGGCGGCCAAAUCAUGAGAACAGCCAACAAGUACGACCUGGGUUUGGACCUGCGGACGGCGGCGUACGUCAACGCCAUCGAGAAGGUGUUCAAGGUUUACCGCGAGGCCGGCCUCAUCAUCACAUAG